AUGGAUCGAUACAGAACUCAAGCUUAUGAAAGGCUAUCGAAGGGAUAUACGGAUAAUCGUCCAUUAAACACGGUUCAAUCAAAAGGACUUUUGCUGAAGAAUUCAUCAGAUAUAGUAUAUUCAAAAAAUAGCAGACAAAGUUUACAUCAGGCACAAGAAAGACAAAAUAUUAAGAAAUUGUUGAAAAACUUAUUAGUAUUAGAAGAAAGUGUUGAAGGUUCUUCAAAGUUAAGCCCCUUUCAAAAGGCACAAAUGAGUAAUAUGUUAUCAUCAGUUCAAAGCUUAGUUCAAUCCUUAUCAAUACAAUACUCUGAUGUGGAAAUGCCGAAUUAUGCAUACCAUAAAUUAACUAUUUUGGUUGAAAGCCUCGAGAACCUUGUUUACAGUAUAAUCGGUGAUACAGUAGACGAAACAAAGUACGGGAUUUUUCAAGAUAGAAUCACCAAUUUGUCACCUUCAAUAUCAAGCAGAUCUACAGGAGUAAAUUACGAAGAUGAGUUGAUAGAACGAACUAACACCCUUGAUAUUAACAAGAUAUAUAACAAUGAUCAUUAUGAGAAUAAUCGACCAAAGGAGAGUGAUGAUGAAGAUAGCGAAUUUGAUGACGAAGAAGUUAGUCAUGUUGAUGAUAGAUUCACUAAUGAUUCGGUAGACCGAUAUAGAGAACCCUACAGAGAAUCUUUGGGUACUAAUAGUGGGAUUAGGCCACCAGGAGUAUUACAACUCGAUGGCUCCUCUCAGCCAAUAUCUUCAUUCAUAACACCUACAAGAUCAACUUUACAGCACCCUAAAGGGCGUGUUGAACAUGGAUCAAUUAAACGGAAUCAAGUUGGAGACAUGACCAGAAAGUCCCAGGCGCCAUACAACCAUGAUGUAUUUAAUAGUAGAAUGAACAAUAUAAGUCUUUACGGAGGCCAAAAACUGCUGAUAGCUCAUGAAGUGAACGGACCUUUCAGUCAGUUUCCAGCAAGAAACCAAGCUGCAUACGAUACGAAUCAUAUUUUCUCAUAA